UACGCUCAACCAUGCAUCCGAAAUACGUCGCGUCCCACGGGCAAGUGCUGCGUCGGGCCCGACACUCAGCACACACAGCAGAUGGCAAGUCGCAGCUGCGGCUGCUGCCUGCCCCAAGGGCAUCACUCGGCAGCCAGGCGCCUUCUCGGCGGUCUGCAGACGUGGUGACCCAUGUGCCCCCUGUGCUCGGCGCGCCAGACGUCCCCCACCCGCCCAGCCAAGAGCUCACCCCCCUCGUCUCCGCGCAGCCACCUGUAUCAACAACAGCUUCAAUCCCGUCUAACAGCUCCACAACCCAGAAAGCAGCUGUGCCAUCGCCUUUCCGACCACUAGCAGCACAGCCCUCACGCCCACAGCCCUCCCGCUCACAGCGUGCCGCUCAGGCACUGCUCGCCGGACUGGCCUCGGCCGCAAUCACUCUGGCGCCGCUGGCGCAGCUUCUGCCGCCUCCGCCGCGAGCCCACGCCGAGGGAGAGCCGAUGCAGAUCCGAUUUCCGGCCAGCAAGGACCCGGAGAUUCGCGGCGCCCAGGAGAUUCUGGUGCAGGCCUGGGGCUAUGUGCGAGAGUACUUCUACGACCCCACCUUCAACCGGCAGGACUGGGACAAGCGCCUGCAAGAAGCGCUGGUUGCCACGUUCAAGGCCCGAGAUCGCGGCGAGGCGCUGAAGCAGGUGGAGGUGAUGCUGGGGUACCUGGGAGACCCCUUCACCCGCGUGCUACUGCCGGGCGGCAGCGGUAGCGGCAGCGGCAGUAGCAGCAACAGCGGCGGCAGUAGCGAGGAGUUCACGUCGGCCAUGCAGGCCAAGAUCAUCACCACGGGGCUGCUGGUGGGGCGCAACGAGGGCGCCGGGGGGCCACUCCGCGUGGAGGUCGUGUUGGCGGGGAGCCCCGCCGAAGCUGCGGGGGUGCGCGAGGGCGAUGAGGUGGUGGCGGUGAACGGGCGGCCGGUGGGACACAGCCCCGACAGCGCGCUGCUCGACGCGCUGAGUCAGGACCUUAAGGUGGACAUUAAGGUGCUGCGACGGGAGCGGCAGCAGCAGCAGCAGCAGCAGCAGGCAGGGGCGGCAGUUGCAGGCGCAGAGGGGGCUGGGGGCGGAGGAGGCGGGGACGGCGGGACGGCUGUAGCAGGGCCGGGCGGCAAGCGCGGGGCGGUCCGCGCGGCGGCGCUGGCGUCCGGUGCUAGCGCUACUGGUGGUGCUGGUGCUACUGCCGCGCCGGCAUUGCCCAGUGGUUCUGGCCUUGGGAGCGGUGGCGGGGGCGGGGGCACUGGCGGCGGGGGCGGGGGCGUGCUUGUGGCGGAGGCGCGCGAGGUGCGGUCCGGGCCGGAACCCCUCGACUUCGCCGCGCCGCCAGCAGCAGCCUCGCCUGCAGCGAGCAGCGCGACGCGGAGCAGCAGCAGUAGCAGCAGCAGCGCCAGCAGUAGCAGUAGCAGUAGCAGCAGCAGUCGUGGCAGUAGCAGCAGCUCGGCCUACGCGCUGUCCACCCGGUUCCUGGACUUCCACCUCACGCCCGGCCCAGUCGACUACGUGCCCGUGCAGUUCGCCGUGCUGCAGGGGCCCGGCAGUAGCAGCAGCGGUAGCAGCAGCAGCAGCAGCAGUGGUGCCGGCAGUAGCAGUGGCGGUAGCAGUGGGGCAGCAGGGUACGUGCGGCCCUCGGCUGCGCGGGUGGGCUACAUCCGCAUCGUGGCCUUCACGGACAACGUCGCUCAGGACGUGCAGGCGGCACUCGCGGAGCUGCAGGCCGCCGGCUGUGGCUCCUGGCUGCUGGACCUGCGCGAGAACCCCGGCGGCAUCGUGCGCGAGGGGCUGGACGUGGCGGAGCUGCUGCUGCCGCCCGCCGCGCCCUUUGCGGUGGUCACGGGCCGCAGCGGCCAGCCGGUCACCCAGUACCUGUCGGAGGACUCCCGGGCGCUCAUCUACGGACAGCCCAUAGCGGUGCUGGUGGACCGCUACAGCGCCUCCACCUCGGAGCUGCUGGCGGGCGCACUGCGCGACAACGCCCGGGCGCUGCUGGUGGGGGAGAGGACGUUCGGAAAGGGCCGCACGCAGUGGGUGGUGGAGCUGAGCGGCGGCGCCACACUGCUGGUGUCCACCGACACCUACACCACCCCCGCCCUCCGACCCGUGGACCACGUGGGCCUGCCCCCCGACCUCACCUGCCGCGUGGCGCGGCCGCCGCCCCCCGUCACCGCCGCCUCCAAAGCUGCCCGUGCUGCUGCUGCUGCUGCUGCAGCUGAUGCUGCUGCUACAGCCGCCGGUGCUGGGGAUGCUGGUGCUACAGCCGCCGGCGGCGGGGGUGCGGGUGUGGAGGUGGCGCGGUUCGGGGGGAGCGGCGUGGUGUUGCAGCGGGGGUUCGGGGCGGCGGAGGUGCGGGAGGAGAUGCGGGUGGGGGACGUGGGGUCGCUGCAGCGGGACGCCUGCGUGCGGGCGGCGGUGGCCAAGCUAAGCCGGGCGGCGUAGGCUGCUGGCGUAGGUGUGCGCGAUGGGACAGGGUUUAUGUAGGUUGGCGAGGUCCCGUAGGGUGCAGCUGACGCCCAUACCCCAGCAGAUGGCAAGCAAUUUGCAGCGGCAGAGCAGUAGUGCAUGGCUGGUCGAACGCCGGAGUUACUGUGAUGGCGCAGGUGGCGGGCGCUGGGCUGGUCGGGCAUUCCGCACAUACGUGUCGCAAAUGGUUGUAAAGUUGACGUGCGUAGCACACUGACACGCAUGGAUGAUUGGAUGUUUGCUUGCGCUGCCAGUAGGGAGGCCGUAUAUGUACGUACACACACGGCGAUGCGCCCUUUCUGUAAUGAGUUAUCGAG